GUCAGAACUGCUCACUUCGUGCCAGUGUUGCAUGUGUUUCUGAUCGCUCCCCCUUCUCCACCCCCGCAGCCGCUGUCCGUUUUCUUUCCACAGCGCAGUGCUCGAAGAGCCCGCGGACGGCCGCAGCCAUCCUGGCUCCAGCGGAAGUUUUGGGCGUCUCCCCGCCGGCCCAAUUCUGCCGCUGACACGUUUCAAGCCCGAGCCCCCCCCCUCCUUCCUGGCGGUUCCUCGCCAGCGCCUGCCGCGGCGGCUGCGGAGGCGGCGUCAGGGGCCGAGGCGCUGACGGCCCUAGGAGGAGAGGCGGCGUGGGCGGCCCGAUGCAGCAGAUCGGUGGCAUGCUGGGGCUCCUCUGCGCGCCCCAGCAGGCCGCCCCCAGCGAGGGCGUUGGUUCCAAGGUGAGCAGCGAGGACGACUCCGAUGCAGAUCCGCUGGCGGAGGACGGGAAUGAGGAGCACGUGCUCGUGCCGCUGACCCCGGCUGUGCUGAAGGAGAGCAUGGACGCCACUGCCGCGGGCAUUCUGCCAUGGGACGGCCGGCGAUUCAGGAGAGUGAAGCAGCUUCAGGAUGCCAAGAGAAACCAUGGCUGCGUGGAGCUCAUGCGCGAGGGCAGCACCUUCAUGGCUGUUAAGAAGAUGCCGACGAGAUGGAUCCGUGGCUCGCCGGACGAGUUCAUCGCACGGUACCCAGACUCCUCCGAGCAGCCCUGGAUGGACGUGGGACUCGUCAGGCACCUCAACCAGAUUAGAUACCCAUACUGCGUGAAGCUGCUAGGCGUCUUCGUGGACAGCUACAGCACUUAUGUGGUCAGCUCGCUGGCGUCCGAGGGCGACCUCUUCGCCUGGUGCGACCGCGACCCGCAACCCGGCCUGGAGAGAGAGGCUGCGAUGUACCCUCUCGUGUACCAGAUUUUUGAUGGAGUGAGGUUGCUGCACCAACUUGGCAUCGCUCAUAGAGAUCUGUCUCUGGAGAACCUGCUGCUCAACAACGAGAAGGGCGUCCUGAGGAUCAAGAUCAUCGACUUCGGGAUGUCCACGAUGAGCCGGCUGGUGUCGGGGGAAAUCAGGGGAAAGCAGUCGUACCAGGCCCCCGAAAUGCAUCUCCCGCAGCCGUUCGACACCUUUAUGACAGACCCAUUUUCCCUCGGCGUGGUACUAUUUGCCAUGGGCGCGCAGGACUACCCCUGGAGCUCUACCAAGCGGAAGACCUGCGAGCUGUUCGAGUACGUCUGCAUGUUUGGCUUAACUAAGUUUCUGAGCAAGCGCCGGCUGCGCAAGGGCAGCGGCGAGUGUUUGGCCGAUGUAUUCUCCCCGAGUUUCACGGCAAUGUUGGCGGGCCUCCUUGAUAAGGAUGUGGGGAAGCGGUUCACACUUGGUGACAGGUAUUCUGGUACGACCGCUGGCAGCGGUUCUGCUCUGCGGAGGAGUGUGUUUGAUUCCGAGUGGAUACGACAUCACGUUGCCGCAGCAGGGUCCCAGGGCACGAAUUCUGCCGUGCGAGUGUCCAUUUGAUAAGUUCGCGCAUUGCGCGUGUCGACGGACGGACGGAGUCAAGCCAAGUACUAACGGGAGGUGCAAACCGUGCGCCUGAGCUUAAUAUAUUUGGCACAGUUUUCCGGCCACGCAGUUUUCCGACCACCGAUUUUUUCAAGAAUCAGGAUGCAUCGAUGUCCAUCAUAUUGCGGUAUAGUGCCGUAUUUGGUUGUCGAACAUGACAGCUAAGGUAAAUCCUUCGGGCGUUCUGCUGAACACACCUGAGACGCCACCGCCAACUUUUGUGGCGCGCAUGCCCUGCUUCCUCUGUCCUCCCUGCCCUUUGCUUUUGUCUAGAAGGGCUGCACCUGGACCACGCCGUACGUCAAUCUGGUACAUUAGUCUCCUGCCAUUGUGUGGUGCAGUCUCGAAGGAUCUGCAAGCGCACCAGCCCCCCACACGCGCAUAUCCUUCCCGUACGUUCGCCCUCCUCCUUUCCCACACCCGCCGUUUCCAGAUUGCGCGGCCGAUGUCGCACGCGGCUUAGAGUGGAGUGCAGCUCUACAGCGCCGGAAGGUCACCUCAGAGUGCUUCACUAAGACAGAGGCAUUCACUUCCCUGGGUUCCGCUUUCAGAUGCAGCAGCCGGCGACCUCCAAAACAUGUGC